AUGAUAUUAAUUUACAUAUUAAUUUUAUUAAUAAAUAUAUAUCCAAUAAGGCCUUUUGAGACAUUUGAUAUUCAAAAAAAUAAUUUUAGAAAUAAAAGAGCAGCAUUGAGAAAUCCUACUCGCUUAUGGAAAGAAAAAAUAAUAUAUUAUAAAAUUUCUGCAGCAUUAAAAGUUAAUACUAAUCUUAAAAAUGUGUUUGAAGAAAUAUCUAAAAGAUCAUGUCUGGAUUUUAAAGAAAUUGAUGAAUAUGACAAUUCAGUUGAAAAAAAGUGUUUUUUCUUAAAAAUAGAUACUAAUAAUUAUGGAACUCAUUUUGGUAAAAAACUUGACACACAACAAUGUCAAUUUAUUUAUUUUGAUAAUAAAAAUGUAUCAAAUGUUGAAUUAAUGAGAUGGGUAUUUUAUGGUCUUGGUUUUGACUUUGAGCAUAACAGACCAGAUAGAGAUGACUAUUUUCUUAUUCACAAAAAUAAUAUUCAAAAAAAGUUUUUGCCAUACGUAAAAAAAAGAAGUAAGAGAAUUGUAAAUACAUUUGGUAUCGAUAUUAAUCCAAAAAAUAUUAUGACUUUAAGAGAAAAUGAAUAUGCAAUAAAUCCAAGCAAAAAAACAUUUGAAAGAACUUAUGUCAAAGAAGAUAAUAGAUUUAGUUUUGACUUAUUAACUCACAAAGAUACCUUUUUAAUAAAUAAACAUUAUUGUGAAAAGCGUUGUAAUCCAUCAUUUAUGUGUGUUUUCGGUGGAACACCAGAUUAUCAUAAUUGUGAUAAAUGUUUUUGUCCUGGUUCAUUAGGUGGAAAAUAUUGUCAACUUUUAAGUUCAGAAGUAACUCCUAAAUGUAUGUUUUCGGAUCUGAAAGCAACUAGAGCAGGAGAUGGAUUUAACAAAUAUUUAGCAUAUGAUUGUGAUUUUAGUAUCACGUCAGCUCCUGGAACAAUUAUUGAAUUAUCUUAUUAUUUCUAUGACGAAAGCAUUCCUUUAGAUUACAAUUGUCAUAAUGAUAAUGGUUAUGUUGAAAUAAAAUUAGAAAGGGAUAAAAGUUCUCCUGGAAUUAUUUUAUGUUAUUUUGGGAAAAAAGGAACGUUUUAUUCGGAAGAUAAUUAUGUAAUAGUACAUAUGCGUGGUGUUAUAAAAUCGAGAGUUGUAAGAUUGAUGUAUAAAGAAGUAGAUCCUAAUGAGGUUUCAAAAGGAAAAAUUGAAAGAACGUAA